AUUUACGAGAAACCACCCAACUGGUUCCAGUAUAUGGAAGCCAUUAACCUUGUGAUUCCACCCUACUGAAUAGCCAAUCCGUUGGGCCUUCUUAUAACUAACAUACUGUCUCCUGCACUUGUGCAUGAAGGAAAAGAUAUCCCUUUAAUGCUCGGAGUGUACACAGGGCCUGCCAUCUUGGCCUGUGUUUUAGCGACGGUGGGGAUUCGCAAAAAGGAGCCUCCAACACCCCCAUCGGCCAGCGCCAGUCAGUCUAAUUCACAGUCGGUCUUUGCAGGCUUGAAGAUGCUCCUUCGAAACAAGCCUUACCUCGUCCUGAUGCUCACUGUCGGAGGAGGGGUAGCACUCUUCAGCUGCUACAGUGCUCUGCUGGAACAGGUCCUGUGCUCAAUGGGAUAUUCAAACUUAUUUGCAGGUCUGUGUGGUGCCUUAUUCACUGUGGCUGGAUUAAUCGGUGCCUUCCUUCUUGGACUGUACGUGGACAGGACAAAGAAAUUUAUAGAAUCUACCAAGAUUGGUAUUUGUUUAUCUGCACUGGCUUGCACGGCAUAUGCAGUGGUGUCUCAGUUUAGGAACCAGACCUACGCGUUGGCAGUGAUCAGCUCCAUCUUUGGGUUCUUUGGAUUCGCGACCUAUCCCAUCUACAUGGAACUUGCUGUGGAAUGCUCGUACCCUGUGGGAGAAGGAACAUCGUCUGGGCUGAUUUUUGUGGCUAGCCAGAUCCUAGGAGUUAUUUUCAUGGUCUUGCUCCGAAGCCUGGCGGUGGAGAUGAAAAACACCACGUACUCUACUUGCUCAGUAGCUCAAGGAGGGACCCUGGAUUGGUCAACUUCGUCACUGGUGUUCGCGGGACUCAGCAGCCUGAUAGCCUGUUUCUACGUGGUGGCUUUCCACACUAGCUACAGGAGGAUCUACGCAGAGACGUCGAAUGCCUGCUCGAUUAACAAAACAGACGAUUACGUAACAGAUGAGCUGCACAAAAGAAAAGAUACGGAUUGAACUCCGGACUAACCCAAGGGCCUAAAAAUAGUGGACGCUUCCCAGACCUCAAGUGCCAUAACCUGUAAAAAUAGCAGAGUAAAUUGUACUUUGAUGGUAACUGGCUGACGCAAGGUGGCUUCCCAUCUAGAUGUAUGUCCACCCAGGGCGGCAGCCAGGAAGCUGUCUGCUCAGUGGGCAGAAGCAUGACAUACAUUGGGUGACUGUGCUGGGAUCCAGACGAGGCAACGAGAAGGGGGUGGUGGUGGAGCCACGAAGGACAGCAAGCAAGGAGCAGGGUCAGGGUGAGGCAAGAUUUGCGCACGCACGCACACACACACACAAAAAGAGCUGGAGGAAAGA